UGACAUUUGUGAUUUGAAGAAAAAUAAAUCUAGUUUAUGAUCGAACAGUUCGUAAAUCGGGUUGGUCUUAUUAUUUUCGUGAUUUGUGUAAUUAUUUUUGUUUCAUCUUCCCGUUUUAUGCUUCAGUUUAAUACAGAAAUCGCUAUCGUUCAUGUGAAAGAAUGGAGAGGAGGUGACAUAGAGUGGAUAUAGUUCUCGUGACAGACUAUCCUGCAUUACGCCCCUCAAAUACUCAGAUAUGGUAUUAGGUCUCCUCUCUCCACCACUGCCAGGCCACCGACUCUGCUCCUGUGCCCCUUUAGCCCUGCUACAAUAUAUGCGCCUGCACCGUUGUGAGGGGUGUCUCGCGGCCUGCCGACCGGAGCGCCGGGCGCCGCUACCGCCUUCCAAGAUAACUGCCAGGAGCAGCCAUUUGAAAAGAGCGAAACGGGUGCCUUACGCAGUGCCAGCGUUGAACAAAGAGAACCACAUCAUGGCCACCACGCUGCCCACGCUGCCAACCCCACCUGAUAAUGAUGCACCGCCGAUGCCCUGGUUCGGCAUGGACAUCGGUGGCACCCUCACGAAGCUCGUGUACUUCGAGCCGCGGGAGACGAACCGACGGGAGCUGGACAAGGAGACGGAGAUACUGAAGAACAUACGCAGAUAUCUCACCAGGAACUCGGCGUACGGGAAGACGGGGCGACGGGAUGUGCAUCUGCAGAUGGACAACGUGACGAUCCGCGGGCGCCGCGGCACGCUGCACUUCAUCCGGUUCCCGACGAGCGAGGUCGGCGCGUUCCUGCAGCUCGCGCGCUCCAAGGGGAUGGCGACGCUCGUCAACACGAUAUACGCGACCGGCGGCGGCGCCUACAAGUUCGAGGAGGACUUUAUCAAGGAGGUGAACAUGCGGCUGUCGAAAUUGGACGAGCUGGACGCGCUCAUAGCGGGCGUGCUGUUCGUGGACUCCAUGAACCCGCAGGAGUGCUACUACUGGGCACCGCCCGAAGGCGCCGAUGAUAACUCGCCACCGUAUCUGGAGGCGUCGCUGUCGCAAUACGUGCGCAAGCCUUUCGACUUCUCCAGCCCGUACCCGUUCCUGUUGGUGAACAUCGGCAGCGGAGUGUCGAUGCUGGUGGUUAGCGCGCCCAACGACUACUGCCGCGUCAGUGGCACCAGCCUGGGCGGCGGCACGUUCCUCGGCCUGUGCUGCCUGCUGACCGGCUGCAGCAGCUUCGAGGAGGCGAUCUCGCUGGCGGCCUCCGGCGACAACACCACCGUGGACAAGCUCGUGCGCGACAUCUACGGCGGCGACUACGAGCGGUUCCGGCUGCGCGGCGACCUGGUGGCCAGCAGUUUCGGGCACAUGUGCUCAGCGGACAGGCGGGCCAAGGUGUCCCGGGAGGACCUCGCGCGCGCCACGCUGGUCACCAUCACCAACAACAUCGGCUCCAUCGCGCGGCUCUGCGCCUCCAACCAGAGGAUAGAGCGGGUCGUGUUCUGCGGCAACUUCCUGCGAGUGAACCCGCUCUCCAUGAAGCUGUUGUCCUACGCGAUGUCCUACUGGUCCAAGGGGGCGCUGAAGGCCUUGUUCCUGGAGCACGAGGGCUAUUUCGGCGCAGUCGGUUGCCUGCUACACUACGACAGCAAGAACCACAAGCAGAACUGCAACUCCCAGCACACGGGCCACAGCGAUAGGUGAAUUUCAUCACCAUGACCUGUCUCCAUCACCGCCUCCGUCAUCACCAUCGUGCGACAACAGCGAUUGACGUACGAUAAACGACUAGACUCUCUGAAACACGCUCAGAAAAUUGUCCGAAGCAGAACUUUGCCUGCGAGUGCAGAGUUUUCUAAGCGAUACAAAGGACUUUGAACGCUACUGCCCGGUAAUAAGUAGUUAAUUUCAUUGUAUGUCUUAUGCAAAGCUUCUCGGACAUUUUCGACUCCCAGAAGAAGGGUCUAGAUAUUUACAGUACGUCAAUGUAAACAGCUCCCGUUCGUUCCCACUGCGGGGACACGGCUUCAAUAAAUUGUCUAUAAUUUUAUAUAUACAUAUAUGUAUAUAUUAUACAGGGUGGUUGUCAAAUGGGUAGCCAUUUUUUUUUUUGUUUGUGUAGGGAAUUUUUUAUUAUAUGUUCGUGGGUUAAAUGUUUUCGUUUAAUAGCGUAUGGAUUUGACAGAAAAAAAAUGGCUGCAUAUUUGAAUUUUACUCUGUGCUGUAUUGGAGAAUUAGGGUUGUCAGAUGAUCGGGUUCAUGUGUAAAGUGUGUGAAUUUUGUUUUUUAUACACUCAAUCUGGAUUGCAAAACACUAUUAUGUCAUAAACAAUUUAUGAUGUUGUUUAAUUUCCAAAUACUCGUGUAUUUGAAGGAAGAAUAGAACUUUAUAAUGUGAAACAUCUGUAGCCGCACGUAAAACAGUUUUCUGGCGUGGCGACGCACGCUAAAUGAUAGUGUAUAAUAUAUACAGUCUAAAUGCAGUAGUGUGUACGGUGUAAUAUUUUAUUUUAUCAUUAUGACAUAUUUAGUUCCUAUCACAGUCUUUUCUUUGCAUAUUAAUUUUAUAAAAUAAUGUCGAUGUUUCACAUCUGCCAGUCGUCCCGUGACGGCUCACUGUUUUUUUCUAUUUUUAUAUCCAUAUGUCAAUUUUUUUUGACUGGAGAGAACGGAUUUAACGGUAACACGUUAACCAUUGUUAAUAAAACCUCGCAUGUGGCAACCCUAAAUUCAAUAAAUGUAAGAAAAGAUGCAUCUUGGGUUGCCUUCUUCAAUAUAUGCCUUAGAUUGACAAUCUUUGCCGUUUUUAGAAAAAUGUAUAUACGUAUAUAUAAUUUGUUUUACAAAUAUAAAGCUUAUGUGUUAUUGUUGAAUUAUUUAUAUCUAUGGAUUAUCAUUUUUAACCGACAUUUGCAAAAAUUAAAGAGGUUCUCAAUUCAUUUUGUGUUUGAUAGGAAAUGUUGUUGUCCCAUUUUAGAAUCUGCAGUUGUUUGGACCUUUUUGUAGAAACGAAUGACUAAAGUUAUAGAGCAUAAUAUAGCUCUACGCAACGAUUACAAUAUAUUUAUAUUUUAACUCUUCUGAUAUAUAAACGAUAUUUUACCCCAGCUAUAAAAGCAGUUGAAGUAAAACUGUAUUUAAAUCUAUCAAAAUAAUUGACUUUUUACGUUAUUUUCAUGGCAAAAUUAGGAUUUUGAUUGGCUUGUUACAUAUGAUUCUAUAUGCUACUUAUUAUUCGAUAUUAAAAACAUACACGCAAAUUUAUAUGUACAUAUUAUGGAUAUAACGGGCGAGCUGGCGGCUUCCUGUCUCUCGGAUAGAAAGAGACAGAAUAUCGCGGUGCCCUAUCUGUCUCCCUCGCACACGCGUAGUUAGUGCGGAAGUUUGCAUAGAGAGAGACAGGUAGAGUACCGCGAUGUUUUCUCUCUCUCGCACACAGUUUCCUCGUAUGUUUUAUCAACUCUAUAGUCUAUUUAUAAGACCUCUAUGCAUGCAAAUUGUAAGCGUCCAAAAAUAUUUUAUAAAUAACAAAUAUUAAGCUAUAUAAUACAUAGUAAUGUUGUUAAAAAGCACAAAUGUAUAUAUAAAUUGCUAUAGUAAUGAAUACAUAUUUAGGUUACAUUCAUUAUAUUGCGUUUUGAAUGAAUGCUUUUGGAAAUUUUACAAAUAUUGUACGCGAAAGGUCGUCUGUACACGAACGUGGGAAACGCUUUAUAAAUAAUACGAUAAAUUUCAUAGUUCUCAUUAUUACUAUUUAUUUUACUUAUUAUUUGAUUAAAUAAAUAUUAAUUUGUAUUUAUUAUAUUUGAUAAAAAUUAUAAUGUUAUAUUUGACAUUACGGCGUAUUAUAAUCGUGUUUUUUUUUAAUCCAUAAGAAAUUUAUGAAAAUUGAAUAGGAAAAUCAUGCGCUUUCCACGUUCGCUGUUUAGACGUGGCAUAUGAAACUUCGUUUCUUCCUCACGUUUUUAUUUAGGUUAAAUAUAAUUUAUUGUUAUUUUAGACGGGAUACGGUGGUAUAGGGGCUUUGGUGUAUAAUCUGUUCCUAGAUAUAUCUAGAUUUUCUUGAUUUCCGCAUGUUUAGUGCCUAACUGGUUGCACGGUUCGCAUUUCGCAAGUGUAUUGAGUUUUUAUGUUGAACGGUGAGAUGUUUUGGUUUAUAUAAUUUGUAUUUUUCAUGAUAAGGGUCGUGACACACUAAGCGCAGCGUUUAUUUAUAUUUAUAUAUAAUGUUUUGUGUUAAAAUUAUAAUAACGUUCUACAAUGCCAAAGUAGAUUUGAUGGAUUUCUUAGUGGCGAUGGAUUCUUUUUAGGACUAUAAGUUAAUAAAAAAAUUGUAUUUGAAUUAUUUUAACAUAUCGCUGUCUCAAGGCAGUUUUCUAAUGUUUGACAUUAUGCGAAGAAUUUUAACGGAUUUAAAAGUCGGCAUGUUUAUGAAAUGCAAAUACUGUGCAAUUAUAAACAGCAUUAGAUAGCCAUUACAACCAACAAAAACCAACCAACCAACCAAUCUAUCCUGCGAUAUUGUAAUCCAUCGACGUAUUGUGAUACGUUACAUACGCCUUACACAUUAGCGCAUUAUUUUUCAGUAUAUUAACAUCUAUCGUUGUGAAACCGUCAUCUUGUGAAAUGGGCAUUCGAUACGAUUGGGUUAGGUUCGGUUCUAUUUAUUUUAUGGGUCCGUACGCACGAAACCUUCACUUGACCGACGUUUGGGAAAUGUUAAUUCUCGGCAUGUUAUAUAUGUAACUGGAAUGAAGUCGCGUAAUAGUUUAACGGAAAAUAAUGUGUUAAAUUUGGACUUUAAUCGCACGAGUAAUGUUAUCUAAAGGUUUUUAUAAUUUUACGGUGACAAAUAUAAAAUUGUUGUUAGUUUGAAAACUUUGUUUGGAUACGUAAGUUGUUGUUGCAUUGAACAACGUGACAAUGACAUUAAAACUAUGAGGAAUCAUUAAAAAGAACUCAAAAAUAUCGCAUGAUCAAAGUCACGAUGCGAUUCGAUCGCACAAAAUAUAAAUUUUUGUAAAACGGUUGGUUUCUACUAUCUUUCAAUCUUAGCACAUCUUUUAGGUCUUGGCAGUUUCGCCAAGUGUACGAAUGUAGAAACCGAGUUAUUACCGUUAUAAUAAAGUCUUUCGAUCGCUGAAAUUGUGAGCAGGGGCGUUACCGUGAGGUCUUACAGCCAUACCAAUUAUAGUGUGAGAAAGAAACAGGCCUACAUACAUCGUCUAGCACUAUCGCUUUCUCACACUUGACUUGCUAUCACCAAAUAAGAAAUAAAUAAACACAGAUAUAAUAAAAAUAACAUGCAUACUUAAAACUACAAAAUAACAAAGCUUAAGGUAAGACGUCACGGUAAGGUUCCUGUUUUAUAACGAACAGUAUUAGGUUACUGCUUGUCUUUAGACAUUUUGAUGAUCUAUUUAAAGGACAUACUGAAUAUUUUUUUUUAUAUGAAUAGAGGGUAUUAUAAAAAAUCGGCUUAGUCUAUACUAGCCCUUAAUGAAAGGAAUCUUUCUAUCUCACUCUAGCAAUGUUUUAUACUAAUGAGUGAGCGAAAUGGUAUGAUUUCAGCAAUAUUCUUUGAAACGAGUAAAAUUUUGUAUUGCAGGGUUUUUGUUACGCAUAAUUAUGUUCCAGUUGAAUGACUGUAUGUAAUGUAAGCAAUUUUUAAUAUUUUAUAAUGUGAUUAGAAAUAAAUAAUCUAUUAUCAA